GCACACGGCAACUUGUGGAACGAUAAUACACGUGAAAGUUGUAAUUAUAUACAGACUAUCAGCUUUAAUUCUGGCUAGCGUAUUGAUUUAUCGUGAGAGCCGACGUACGGCAGCCGAGCUUGGCUAGCUGUCAUAUUGAGUUGUGUUCGAGCAGACUUUGACUGAUUGGUAUAUCUUUGUCUUGGACUGUCACAAUGUAUUAAAAUACACUUUGUCAGGUACUCAACGACUUUAAUCUUCAUAUUCUACAUUUGAAUAAUGUUAAGAAUACAUUAGCGAUUCAUCUGUAAAAUCCAGUUAUGAAAGGGAACUAGACAUUGUAGCUCGCGCUUAGACUACUUAUGUAGUAUAGCCACGUCAACAGAAAUUGAUCGUAAUUUAUGAUCGAAGCCAAGAUAGUUGUACAGUCUUAUAGAUGAUACAGCUAUUUCAUGAUUGUCAUGGUCAAUUGUACGUUCCAGGCGCGAACAGCAAAAUGGUAUACCCGAUUCUGACAUUUAUAGCUGUUUAUACGUAGCCUAUAUGGCCAUAUAGCCUCUUAUAGUGUUUUGGAAAUUCCAAACAUGCAUGCAUAAUUCUCUGGCAACACGUCCUGAAAUUUAUAAAUUAGCGACAAAUGAUUGACGUUUGCACUGUAAAAAGCUGCCCUAUUACUAAUGAACCAUUUGCAUUAUAGACUAAAUUUUGAUCUAGACAAAAAUUUCAUCACAGCUUGAAAGAGCAUCACAAAAUCAGUAGUAAUAUUCCAAAUUUCGUUGCGAAAUGUUGUAAAAUGCGGAUAAUAUACAUUGCGAAGUUUGCCUUUUUCCAGUCAUUUUGUAUUACGCACGGGAAAUUGACAGCCCAAUCGGGUGUUGGGGCAUCAAUUUCCCGUUUGUAAUACAAAAUGACUGAAAAUUGCAAAUUUCGCAAGGCGUAUAUUAUUCGCAUUUUACAACAUUUCGCAACGAAACUUUGCAAUAUUACAGUAAUUUUGUCUACACUUGUUUAGAUCAAAAUUUGGUCUAUAAUGCAAAUGCGUCCAUUGAUUUGACGAAAACACUUCUCCAUUCAAGUCUGAAUAAGCCUAAAGCCGGAUCAAACGAGGACGAGAGUUAAUGAAAGUUUCAACUCUCGCUUGCGUUUGACCCCCAACUUGAGGCCCGACUUGAGGCCGGGCCCGGUUUAGAACGCAAACUUAAUUUUCAUGCACCGAACCUAAUAAUUAUUAUAACGAUUAAAUAAGACUGAAAAGUGGCGUCUGAAUCAAUUAAAUUCGGCAAGUUUUGCUUAGGUUUGCUAACGGCACGAAAUAUGGCAAUUCAUCGUAUUAUCCGACACAGAUUCGACGUGGGUUUAUACGCUGUGCUUUUCAUGCGCCGAACCUAUAAUGCAUACUUUCUUAAUUAAUUAACAUAUAUUAUCAUAUGAUCAUAAUGUAUUAGCAAUUUAGCGGUAAAAAAUUUCUGAUACAGUUUACUCACGGUACAAUUAAGUACUGUUUUGGCACGGUACAAUUAAGUCACCAACCCUCAUGCAACUCUUGAGUUGUUCUCGUUUCAUCGCGACACGAGAGUUGAGAAAUCUGUCGUGCAAAACAUCGCUUCUUAACUCCUAUCAACCAUCAUUCUCCUUUGAUCAGGCCUUAAUUAGAACUACACAUACGACAGUUUGCUUUACCAAACGGGUAAAUAUAGAAAUAAUUGAGUACUAUAGAAAUUAUAUAUAUAUAUAUAUAUAUAUAUAUAUAUAUAUAUAUAUAUAUAUAUAUAUAUAUAAUUAAUUCUUGUUGUCCGUAAUUGAACGAAGAGUGCUCUAUACCAAUUAAUAUACGAUAGAGCUUAAAUAAUUCUUUAAUCUUAAAAUAUAUAUAUAUAUAUAUAUAUAUUUUAUAUAUUUUAAGAUAAAAUAAAUAUAUAUAUAUAUAUAUAUAUAUAUAUAUAUAUAUAUAUAUAUAUAUAUAUAUAUAUAUAUAUAUAUAUAUAUAUAUAUAUAUAUAUAUAUAUAUAUAUAUAUAUUCACCACUUGGCAGUUGGAGGGUGUUUGUGAGCAGGUUUCCCCCCAAAUGUUUGAAACUACUGCAGUACGGAGUGGAGAAUUAUGAGUAUUACAUUUGCAUUUGGGGCAGCGAACAAUAUCAAAUUCUUUCUCUCUAAUUUUACCUCAAUCUGUUCUGUUUCCCCAUUGUGUUUGCACCCGUUGCACCACUGUGUUUCGUUAUGACAUCGGAAACCUUGAAUCCCCCUAUAUUGUAGAGCAACAUAAAAAAGCAUACAGGUUCUAUCGAAUCGGGUCAGCUUGAUCGCAUUGUAAUAUCACAUGAGAGGUGCUUUGCACGAACGUUGGUUGUCUACAAUAUUUCCUGCCAUGAGCAGAAUGGCAGUGUCACGUCUUAAAAAUAGUGAAAUUGGUAUAAUUUUCGUCAGGCAUUUCAAAUUCUUAGAAAGCUUCGGAUUGAUAAGGAUACAGCCACCUGAAAAAUACAAGGAGAUCUUCGACGUUUCGAGCGAAGACCCUUCGUCGUGAAACACCGCAUUGUUAUUUAGAAUUUAGAUUGCUGUAUUUUUUUGAAAAUUAUCUAAUUUCAACUUUACAGAUGGAUUACUAUCAUGACAAUAAUGACAAGUCGGAAAUUUCUAAUAAUCUGAAGGAAAUGGUAUGUUUUACAUCCUUUUGGAAACAGAGUCACAGAAUCCUGAAGAUUUGACUACAAAUGUCAUGCAAUUUGACUGUAUACGAUGAGGAAUCUCUUCUGAGACCGUUUUAUCUUACUUUCAAAUUAAUUUUUAGAUUCACAACAAGGUGGUUUCAAAUAUCAACAUCAAGUCGUUCUUUUCUGAUCAACUUACGGAAGAUCACCUCACUCCUUUGUCCAAGGUACUGUUACUGUAUUACAAUUACGAGGGGAACAAGGUGAGAGCGCUCGUUCAGUAGUUCAUAUAGGAAGAGUAGAAUCAUACAAUUUAACCAAAUGGACAUCUACCUUUCUAGAGGGUCCUGAUGAGGCAGUCUAGAUCACAUUGUCGAGCAUUUUUUUCAUACCAAAUCCCCUUUUCAACUGCAAACAUCCCUGCUUCACUUGUGUUUCGACUUUUAAAACACAAUAUUCCGCUUCCAAUACCUGUAUAACCUUCUUUGGAAAUAACGUCACGAAAUAUAAGUUUUAAUGUCUAUAAACGCCUGUCAUUUUCUGUCACAUACUGAUCUGGAACCGGAAAAACGACAGAAAGCAGUCUUCCAGGACAUUGUUAACAAACUCUCAAUCAUCAUUGAAAACUGUGAAAUUUCUUACCAAAGCAACAGACACUAUCUUUAUAGCACGCCAUUCCGGGGGUCACGACGCCAUCUUGCCAAGUAGGGCAAACUUAUUAGUGAAUACAAAGAAAUUCCUGGUAAAUCCCUAUAGGUAAAUUUGCUUGCGGGGCAGCACAAUAGUUAAAAACAAUACUUUCAAGAUGGCGACGCGAACCCCGAAAUGCCGUAUGUUAUACCGGUUUUUCCGUUCAAUUUUUAUGUCGGUCAUGCAUUCCCAGUCCCUUGGUAAAUCGCAGUUCCCAUUUUACACUUUGGGGAUCCUCUUUAUACCACCAUGCUAGAAAUACAUGCAUGCAAGAACCCCUCGCCUAUAUUUUCCAAACAUUUAUUUAACAUGAAGUAUUAGUAAUUGAUCAACACGGAACGUAGUCUUGCUUUCACGUCAGUGUUGCCAACUUGCCAUGACAACACGAUACUUUUAAUAUUUAUUAUAUUUUUUGUACAACACGCUAAAAAUAGUUGAAAGAUUAUUGCUUUUAACUGUAUAAUAAUGAAUUUCUGAAAUAUAUACUGUAUAUAAAUAUGUUGUACUGCAUUUUGUGAGCUUUCACUUAAUAGAUAGCUUAAGAUCUACGACGUCGAUGUCAGCUAGGACGUCAGGGCUAUGCAGAGGACUGGGACUAGGAUGUCGUCUUAAUGUAGUCCCAGUCCUCUGCUUAGCCCUGACGUCCUAGCUAACGUCGACGUCGUAGAUCUUAAGCUAUCUAAUGUAAAAUUUAAACUGUAUCGCUUCGUAAAAUGUUGUGAAAUGUUCAUUUUAAAUUUUAAUAACUAAACCUUUUCCCCAUAAACUGUUUUCACUUAAUAAAACAAAAUAAAAAAACAAACAAAAAAACAAAAUAAAAAACAAAUUGUUGAGUAAUUUUAGUUCGGUUUUCAAAUGAAUUUGCUCUCCUUCACAUUUUGAGUAAUUUAGCAAACUUACAGCUUCAUUGAAACAUGAACAUUCAAACUUGCCCUUUAUAUUCACGAUUUCCCAUAGUAAAUAAAUUCUUCUCAUUUCUUCAAACAAAAAUUGCUUCAAAGUUCAUUGUGUGAAACGUGAUUUUCCAAACAUAUGCUUUUGAAAAUUGAAAUCUUGCUUAUCUCACUCCUGACAAACAGCCAUAUUUUUGAGAUCAGUGAGCAUGGGCGUACGGGAAGGAAAAAAUAAGGGGGGCGGAAAGAAAUUUGGCCGAAUUUUUCGGAUUGUACCCGAGUUGUCAAAAAAAAAUUUCCGGAGAAACUUUCCAAAAUUGUUGUCGAGGGGGGGCAGGAGGAGUGAUUACGAAAAAUUUCUAUUAGAUAGAAUAUUUCCCACAAAAUUGACAGAAUUUCCCACAAAAUUGACAUAAUUUGUCCCAUUUAUUUUUAUAAUAAGCCAAUAUUGCCUAACUGUGAAGCGAAUAUUGCCCGCGCCCGGUACGCCUAUGUCAGUGAGGUUCACCCAUGAACUAUAGUCACGCGCCCGCGAUCAUUGAUAAACUUUAGACUUCGCUAAUGCUUUCCUUCCUACGGGUAUAAACACCCGGGCGGAAUUUGUACCGUCGGCUAACGCCCGGAACGGCGCUCCGCGUCGUUGGCUCGGGGACUAUCUUUAUAGACUUUUUCCCUAAUCAGACGAAAGGUCUUUAUUUGACAGAUUGCACUAAUACGCACAAGCUUAAAAUUGUAUUAUUCGCUACAUACACUAUACAACCUUGAACGGAUAAAUGGUAGAGACUACCUUAAAAAAAUAGCUAUUCCAUUAAUUUUUUCCAUAUACUUAGGCUGAGGAAUAUGCUCUAAAGAAAGUACGACGAAAGCUCAAAAACAAAGUAAGAGACUUUAUACCUAUUUUGAGGAAACUGAUAGGAAUAUUGAAAAUUGUCCGAUACGUACAUAUAUAAGGCCAAUCAAACAAGUCUUUUGUGUUCUCCGCCGCUAGCCAAGCUAGUGACAACUUAUGCGAAUAAGUAGACUCAUUAAAACUAUUCAAAUGAUCCCGCUUCUUUUACCUACUUACUUUCUGUACCAAAUCCUCAACUAAAAUAUGACCCGCUUCUCCACUUUUUCCCCUUGUCGUACAGCGGCUUCAAGGCUUUUCUAAAAUAAAGUUGGCAGCUAGCUUGAUCCAAAUUGGCCCAACUCUUCUGUUUGAUCUUCUAGCAAAGUCUCGUGACAGUAAAUUAGCUCCUGAAACAGCUCCUAAAUAAAACAAUUCUCGUUGAUAUAUUUUAUCUUGUUUUGAAAGAUAUCCGCUCAAGAAAGUAGAAAAAGAAAAAAAUAUCAUUUAGAAAAUCUAGAGAAAAGGUAAGCCACUAGUACUAGGCAAACUCCGAAAGCACAAACGGCGUGAGAGCGGGAGGAAAGCCUGGAGCUACGGGAGAGGGGGGUGUGACACCCCCAGAAAUUUUAUUCGAAGCCUCAGUCGGCAGGACGGCUAUUGUAGUCGGCAGACAAAAAUUGUUUUGACGAAUAAGACUACUACCGAUUUGAUUAUCACGUGUUAUAUAAGAAUUCGAAAUGGCAAUUUUGGUUACUCGGAAUUUACUCAGCAGGAUAAUCAUUAUAAUCGGUUUAUAGUAUAACAAGCCCAGAUUGACAGUUAAACCACAUAGCGAUACAAAAGAUCUUAAAUAAAGUAUAUGUUUGAUAGGUAGAACCGCUGAACACAAUAUAUUCCCGCCAAAAACUCACUUAUCAAAUAUGGCGAUUUAGAACAGGCUUCAUUUAGAGCAAAACGGGCGUCAUUUCAGGGACCGCGGAGCUGGGGGAGGGGGCUUAAUAAUUUUCCAUACAUAUGUGAUUUUUAUAAAUUAAGAACACUGAAAUCUUUCAGAUCAGUUAACAAUAUAUUUAUAACUUAUUUAGCCAAGUAUUCGGUCUAUUUCUAGUUAAAUUAAACAAACGACGGGUAAUAUUAGAGAGUCGUUUAUUAAGAAACUUUUUAACAGCAACUAGUAAUUAAGUUUGAUUACAUUUCCGGGGCUCUGGGAGAACUCAAAUUCCAAAUUUCUUAAUAUAAUCCACCAAAUCCCCCUUAAUCCACAAAUGGGUCCGCGGUCCCGGAAUUUAGUUGAGCUCCAUCGGAAAUUUUACAAGCUUCCAUGGCUAGCAUGUGGUCGGUACAAGCUCGUUCGUCAGUCGGUUGAAAUGACCUUACAUCCCCCUGAAGAAUUUCCUGAGGACGGCCCUGGGUGGAGGUGGGGGAUGGGGGCAGGGGCUUCAACCCCAGAAAAUUGAAGUUGGGCCAAUUUAAUUUUAAACUUAAAUUUUGAAAAAAUAUAAGGAAAUCAGGAAAUAUUUAGUCGAGCAAAAUGCAAAAUUUGGUAAAAUUUGUCUUUUUUCCCCAAUGUUUUCUGCAGUGAAAGUCGAUAAAGUUUUUUCCUACAAAGAUAUAUUGGUUUCUUCAUGGAAUGAGUGGUAUUACGCAUACCCUGUAGCAUGCUAAAAUGAAUUUUUAAUGUUUGUAGAGUUCACUUGUUGGGUUCUGAGAAUGAAAGUUUAAAAAAGAAAUUAGAAAAGCAAAAUCAAUCGUUGAGGUAAUUAUCAGUGGCAUCGAUAGCUGAGAUUGCUGCUUUUGUAUGAGCGGCAUGUGAAACUCUCUGGCAUUAUACGGACAAUAAAAAGCAUGUCACGGACGAUUUCCAAUGAAGGUUAUGACGAAUAGGUUGUAUUUACCAUACACAAUAUUUUAACCAUUAAAUAGUACGCCCAAAAAGGUUAUUGUUACUAUGCGUAGGCAAUUCGCAAAGGGGCUGCUGGGAAAAGUUCGCGAGUCCUUCCAUUCGUGAGUUUCUUCAGUUCGUUGUUUAAUUAACUACUUUAAAAAUACCGCGGUCAAACGUAAAGCGCAUGCGCAAGUAUACUGAAAUUGCGAGCCAAAAUUAUAGGAGUAAAUAUACGGACAAAGAAAAGCGUUUACCCUAAAACGGUUGAAUGUAUAAGGUAGAGAAUCUCACCGCUUUUUCGUUGUGUCAGGACGACGAUAUGCUAUAUAGCUUCGUGAUUUCAUGCUAUAUCCAGUCUUACAAGUGGAAGUAAUGUUCAUUUGCAAGCAAUAAUUUAGCUACAUACUGUACAUGUUCAUUUCCCACUGAUUUACCCUGUUUUUUUUUACAAAUAACCAGUCCAAGAAGAAGAUCAGAUUUUGUACCUGAUCAAUUAGUAUGGAUGUAAGAUUCGCAAUCGAUUUGAUCUUUCAUUUUGACGUUUCUCUUAGGCCUACUCUGGACCGGUAAAUCGCCUUAAAUCGCUGCGAUAUAAUGCGAUUUUGGGCGAUUUUAGGCGAUUUAAGGAAAAACUGGGACUUUCAAGCACUGCGAUUUAAUGCGAAGUAGUACAUACGCGGACCGUUUACCGAGUUUACUACAUACACGGUGGACGUAUAUAGGCAAGUAAAAGUUUCUGGUGGAGCAUGCCUCCAUGCGGGUCCCGUGCUUUUGGCGCUUGGUACAUGUGCCUUCACAUUAUCGUCCUUAAGCACACUGCGAAGAGCAACGUAGCCUGAAGAUGUGCGUGGAUGGUGUCUUCGACGCUACCCCUGUGGUCGCUCAUAAACUUUUUUUAGUUUCCCAGCAUGUUUACACUCUUUCGUUAACACACACUUUUUUGCCGAGCAAAGCGACCGCACAGCUCUCUAAAGUUUAGACCAAGUUACUCUCUUGGCGAGAACAUACGACUCGCCAACAAUUUGCGACUUAUGACAUGUAUGCCCCUUCAAGCUAUUUUACUUUAUUUAACUAGAUCUUUAACAUUUCAAUUGAGCAAGCUGAAAUCAAUUGGAGCUCGAGAAAAAUCCAUCAGUUACCAAAAUCAAGGGACUCAGACAGGAACCUGCUUAAAAUGGUUUGUAGAUUUGGUCAUGGUACUGUAAUCUAAGUUUCAUACAAUGUAGCUUCUACGGUUGAGAGCUCUUUUUCGAGCUUAAACUUCCACAUUCCCGAGGGUCAUUUGGAAAAAUGAGCAAAAAGUUGAUGUUGCGAAAUAGCGCGAAAUUACAUGUAAAACAAUUAAAACUGAAAAUUACGUAUUUCACAUCACAUUUUGAAAUAUAUUUUGAAAUCGUGUUGAACAGAAACGGGCAUACAGAAGGGGGACGCUUAGGGGGAUUCCACGGUGUUUGAAAAAAUAAUCACACCAUGUUAUGAGGGGGAGGUGUAUCAGAAAGGACUGUCACAUGAUGGAAAGAUGAGAAUUUGUGUAGUCGAGGCCACGAAAAUGAUAAGUUAAAACUGACAUGAAGUAUUUUCAUACCCUGAAUACGAUGAGGUGAACGCUGUUAUCAGUGGCGGAUUACCCAGGAGGUUGAGUAGGCUGAAGCCUACAGGAGCGGGCUUUCAAGAAGUCUGUGAUUUUCAGAUAAUGUACUUUUUAUUAGAAGUAUUAUUUUUCUUGUCCUUAAUUAGAAAUGAGAUGUUGAUACUGCAUGUUAAUCCAAAGCAUAUGAGUUCCUCGGUUUUCAUGAGUCGUGAGAAUCACCGUUACAACUUACACAAAGUUUAACUGCGCUACGUUAAAACUGCUAUAAUUAGUGGAUAUUUCCACUGAUCUUCUUAAUUUUAUAAAAGUAAAGGAACGGGAGGAGCAGAAAAGUUGAUAAGAGGCUGAACUUAAGUGGGUUCCAAAUGUUCAGAAAUUCAUGAGCUCUGCUGCAUGUACACCUUCGUUAUCAUUGCCUAAGUCAGCAGAACUUGCGUGGAAAUGUCAUCCCCAAGGCCCACGAAUCUUUCCUAGCCUACAGGACCUUUAAGUUUCAAUCCACCACUGGCUUACACAAACUCCCCAAAGUUCAAUUAAAAAAACCCAGCACAAGUUCUAGUCCGUUGUGAUAUAUAAAAAUAAAAUAAAACACUUAUUGAUAAGAAGAAAUGUAGUAAUUAAUGCAAAUAGCAUCGCUAUAAGAAAAAUAAAAGUUAAUCUAACACAUGCUCUCAUUUGUUUGCAGUUGGGGGGAUGGGGGUUGCUCAGAGUCAUGUGAAGAGGAACGAGCCUCCGAUCAAAUAAAUCGCGAAUCUCAAUUCCGUCAUACUUGAUUAGUUUUACAAUCACAACCUCGCAUGUGAUUUGUAAAAUGUGUCAAACCGCUUAGGCAGAUAAAGAUGUUCAGUAGCUAAUUAUAGCAAAUUACAAUAAUGUUCAUUUGCAGGCAAUAAUUUAGCUACAUACCGUACAUGUUCAUUUGCCACUGAUUUAAAGUUUGUUUUACAAUAUCUUAUGUAAUAUUUGAAUAACCUACGCUAAUAUUUUCUAGUUAUCUUCAAAAGCAGCCGGAAAAAGAAGUUUCAGGAGAUUUCAAAGUCCAGUCUGGUAAAAAUGGUCGAAUAGCUGUACAAUCAGAUUUCAUGGAAAAUUAUCGAACACCUUGCAGUAUUCGCAGCGAGUACACUGAUUUCAACAGCAUUUUACAUUCCCGUAGUCUUCGUGACCGAGCCUGACAUGAUGGAUCUGUCAGUGUGUACCUUGAAUCCUUGAUCUGUACAAUCCAGACCAUUUCGGAUGGUGGAAUUACAGGAGCAUAGUAUUUUACACGCAUGGUCUCGACUUCAGACCUCAACAGAAAUCAAACAGAAAGUAAAGUCGAAGAUCUGCGUUUAUAGCUAAUGCUACCAAUCGGUAAUUAUGCAAAUGGUCAAUAACAGUUGAGCUCAAUGCUUAAGGACAGUGUUAAGUGCAAGGCGCCGUUCAUUAUUUAUACCUUAGGUUCAUGGGGUGGGAGAUUUUUAAAUCAUAUAAAAAAAUGGGACUCCCGUUAUGAUGUGCUCAACAAUGAAGAUCUCUCUUAAAUACACUGUAUUUAGAGUAUACCCCCAGUUCUAAUCUUCAUUUAUGCAACUUUCUGACCACGUAGAAAGCACAUUUUCCAACAUGCAUUAUAAGCGCUAGAACGUUUGUUUGCAUCAAUAAAUAACUUUCGUAUAUGACCAUGACAAAAAUUUCUCAUUCGCCACAAGUUUUUGUUUGCGAACAAUCUUCGUCCCACAUAAGCAGGCCACUCCCCCUCGCAGGACAAGGUAAAAAUUAUAUGACCCUCCCCUACCCCCAUUUUCACUACCUCAUUCUAGGGAAUAAAUAAUGGACGUCACUAAAUAAAUAUUAAUUCUGUGCAAAAGCGCACAUAAUAGUUUAAUAUUAUAGUUUGUGCAAUAAUUAGUGUCAUGGGAGUCAUGUUAUACGUCCUUGUAAAAAGCACAGCACUGUGUAAUGUUGUCGCCUUAAAAAGUUUAUAUUAAAAUAAAGAAUUAAAAAAAAACAUUUCCUAUAACGAACAUUCCACGGACUAUCCAAGACUAAUCUAUUACCGAGAAGUACCUGAGGCCAUUGUGCGUUUACACUACAAUCUUGGACAUAACAAUCAAAAUAAGAUCUUGGACGUAAAUAUCAGAAUUCCGUUGAUAAUCGUUGUUUUAAUCCUGGGAUUUGGAUUGCUUUAAACGUGUUUAACUACGACUAUAUAGGCCUUAAUAGACCAAUACGUAAUUUCGACUGCAUGCGUCCAAAAUGGAGUUGAACUACUAUAAUAAUUUACCAUAUACCUGAGACAGGGAGAAUUAGAAUAUGCGUAUCAAGGCGCCUAACUGCUUAAUUACAUUUGAAUAUGCAAAAAGUGCUAAAAAUAACCAAUCAGUGUCCUCACAGUUGACCCGUUUUAAAUUAGAAAAUGAAUCCUUUAGGUGUACCUUCCCGCUAUUAUUUUGCUAAACACAGAAGAUAAUAUAUGCUGG